UUCUUUACAAUUGCCAUCUCUAAUUGAUAAGAAAGGGCAGAGUACAUAUAAAUAAGAAAUAUAUCAAUGGUCAGCUAACCAAAGGCAAGAAUAUAAACAAAAUAAUGGAGAAAAACAAAUAUGUACCACGUGUAAAUCAGAUAGAUGCCAUCUAUUUGAACAAGGACAUUGCCCGCCUGAUACGCGAUAAUCUGCUGGAGAACUUGCAAGCCAUCUCACCCGUUUUGUUCAUCAAAAUCCAACCGGAGCUCGACUUGAUCAUUCAAUCCGCAAUUUGGUUUGGUUCCGUCGGCAAGCGGUGCUCCACUUUUGGCCAACAGCUACUGGUUCUGGCUUACGAUGCCGAAAAGCUGACCGUUUCCAGGCUGGUGCUCCAUUUCAUCCUGACCGUCUUGCCGGGCUACGUGAAGAGCUGGGAGGAGCGACGCUUAACAAGGCGCGUAGAAUGGUUUAGCGAGGCGAUUAUGUGGGUGGAGAACAGUGCCCUGAUACUGAACAUCCUCAAUUACUUUCGGUUCCUGAAGACAGGACGAAAACCCACUUUGGUGGACUACUUAUUGGGAUUGGACUACAUUAGUCUGCGGAACAAUCAAAGGAGAGACAUUGGCUACAAGUACCUAACGAGGGAGCUGCUGUGGGGAGGAUUUAUGGAAAUCCUCGGACUGGUGUUGCCCAUCAUCAAUUUCCGUAAGCUACAAAGAGUGCUAAAAUCAUGGACAUUUUCCGGACGACGGUUAGAGGAUAGAGAUGGUCCGGCUUUCCUGGCGCCGCAGAUGACACUAAGCACCACCUGCACAUUCUGUGGAGAGCGACCCACAUUGCCCCACCACAUGGGCUGUGGUCAUAUUUAUUGCUAUUACUGCCUUAAUGCAAAUGUUUUAACGGAUGCCAGUUUCUGCUGCCCCAACUGCGGUUCUGCGUGUCCUGAGUCGGGAAUCCAAAGUGUCUGAUAAAUAGGAAUAUAGUGCAUGUGAUGGUUUUAUAUGUCUUUUAUUAGUUUUAAGCGAAAAGUGGGCUGUAAGUAAUAAACAAAUCAUUUUCAUAUUCCGCC